AUGGUAGACACACGUAAACGCGGUGCUAUUGAGCCACCCAACGAGGGCGACGGGUCUCCGAAGCGUGUGAAGGUGACUCAAGUCCUUCCCCCAGCUACGAAGAAACGCCCUGCCGCGAAGAAGACUCCAGUGUAUCCUCAAAACGUGAGGAAAACUCCAGUCCCGACGCCAAGACUCAAACUACGUCUUCCUCCGGAGCCGGUUGCCGAAGUCCCAGCCCCGAAAGCAAAGAAACCAGCACAGAAAGCGAAAAAGACAACGGUGGCAGCUCCAGUGGUGGCAGAAAAGCCCCAGCCUAAGCAAACACGCCGCACCACUCCCGCAUCGUUGAACCCCCCUUCGCAGGCUGCCCCCAGCACCCGGGCCAAUCCCACCCCCACUCCCUCCCCAUCCUCUAUAUGGACUCCAGCACAGCGAUCCUGGAUCCUGUGCCACCACGCGCUCCUCCUGCGCGGCCUAGUCACAACCCCGCGCCUCGCCGCGCCCGCGCCCACAGUGCGCUGCGCGUGGUUCAACGCCUUCUUCGAGGGCUACAAGCUCGACCAAAAGGGAGAGCCUGAGGUCGCGCCGCCGCCGCGCUACGCAAAGCGCGCGUUCCGCGACUUCUGGCGCGAGGCGGCCGCGCUGUGUCCGGGGCUGCUGGCGCGGAUUGACACCGUGACGCAGGAGAACGCGGAGGCUGCGGGUGGAGAAGGGCGGACGUGGAUCCCUGUUGUGACGCCGGCGGUGCUCGCGCGGUUCGAGGUGCUGCAUGGUCGGGACACGGAAGACGGCUUGGACAUCGGGACGAGCCGUGUGGGAGCGUUUCUGGACGAGGUCGUGCGGCGGCAGUUCGAAGAGGCGGAGCCGGCGUGGAUCGCGGGCGGCCGGGCGAGUGUGCUGCGCUUCUGGGAGGGCACGGAGGAGGAACUGGCUCAGGAGGUUGGUGGGCCCUUGGCUCAACGCGAGUACAUCCGGACCAUGCACGGCUCGUCGGGGGCCCGCGUGGACGUCAUGGUCGCUAAGAAGGAUGUGUACAGCGCUUCUGGGGCGGCGCUGCUGAACAUGGCGAUCAUACGUCCGGAUGGAUAUGAUGGGGAUAUCAACAUGCUUGGGGCGGAUUUGGAUUCGCUGGCGAUAAGCGGUGAGCAGAAGAGCCGUCUCCGUGAAGAUAUAUACGCGAAUCGGGUUGCAGAUGCGCUGAGGGAGCGUGUGUUCGAGGAGAAGCUGCGGAUAGCAAAGGAAGCUAAGGAGGCUAAGAAGGCUGAGGAGGAGGCUGAGAAAGCUGAGGCAGCUGAGAAAGCAGCUGGUACAGCGACUAGAACGAGGAGUAAGAAGCAGAAGACGAAAGAUAAGGAGAUGGUGGAGCCCAAGAGUGCUCCGUCAGCCGCUGCGCGAGAAGAUCAGGUGUGA